CUCUACCCCACAUCGCAAUCACGACCACUGCCACGCACAGCAGCGCAUAGCCAUGUCACGCUGAAAAUAAUCUCCUGCUCUCUUGCGCCGUCUUGUGCUUGGUACCGUGGUUGGAAAUAUGAUAUAGGUUUUCGUGGCCCGCUCGAAGCCUUAUGAAGCGCAGCAUCUUUGCCGGAAGCACAAAUUGGCUGGCUUAUCAGCAUCAGCCUGUUCAAGUUUCAAUACAUUGAGCAGACUUCGUAUCAAUCUUGGACGGGAACCCUCAAUAUAGCAUCGCAUUCCUCCAUCCUGCCUGUAACCCUCCCGCUGAGUCCCCGUCUCCCUUUCUCUCUUACCCCUCAAGCGAUGGAUGCUCGGUCGACCUUCAAGCGCGCAUGGGAUAGCUACCUAUCGAGCCUGCCGGAGAAGAAACGCAAACGAAAGUUCGUCCACGACUGCUGCCUUGGUGAAAACCCAGCCACUGCGGAAACCGUGAACCAAGCGAUCAUGGCUCUCGAGCAAAAGAGCGCCGAUGGGCGAGGUAGAAGGGUGGCUAAGAAGAUCCUGGGUCCCGUCGUGGCGGUUCUCCAAGACUACUCCGAUAUCAUUUGCAACAUGGCGUCCGCGGACCCUAUGCCCACUGCGCUGAUCUGGGGUGCUUUGAAAAUCGCCAUCGAUGGCAUCCAUCGUUACUUCAAUCUGUUCGAGACCAUCAAGAAAGAGUUGCUGGUGCUGUCUGAACAGAUUCGGCGGAUCACUUUCUAUGAUGAGCUGUAUGAUCAUUCUGACUUGCUUCAAGAGAUCUUCUUCAGAUCCUACCUGAAUAUGAUCCGAUUCUGGUCCCGUGUUGAUAAAGAGUGCGAAAGUUCUUGCAAGUGGUAUGGGAGCCGUCUCCUCAAGGCUGCCACUUCCUUCAGCACUAUCAAGCUGAACAGCAUCAUCGACGACAUCAAGGACGACGCCGAUCAGAUCGAGAAAGUGGCCGACAUCCUCGAAAGAACGCAAGGCAAAGCAGAAAGACAGGCCGCAGAGCUCGAGCGUUACCAACAAACUCGGGAGAGGCUCGAAUCCAAACAGGAGCGAGAGGCGCAAUCCACGUGGCGGGAACAGAACGAAGUGGACCGACAAGGAGAACGAUAUCAUAAGAUAUCUCAAUGGCUAUCCGUACGUUCUGGAGACGAGAACAAUUCGACCCGCCUCCGCAAUCUAUCCAGCCUGCACCUUCGGGGCACUUGUGAAUGGAUCUUCGAGGAUGAGACUUAUCGGAAAUGGGAUGCCGGGGAUAUCAAGCCCUCUGUGCUGUGGGUCCACGCUCCACCUGCAUCCGGCAAGUCCACCCUCUCGUCCUGCGUGAUUCGUGCCAUAAGUGGCGCGGCAGCCCCCAUUGCCUAUCACUUCUAUCGAUUCGACCAGGCAAUGUCGGCCUCAGAAACGUUACGACUGCUAGCUAGUCAACUCUUCGAUGCGUAUUGGCAACUCAAUCAGGUCGUUUCCGAAGAAAUCUAUCUCCGCACUCAUCAUAGUGUCUGUUCUCUCGAUACCGUUCAGCAACUCAUCACCGAACUAGUCAAAGCGCUGCCGACUUGUUACUUAGUUCUGGACGGCAUGGACGAAGAGUGCUCUGAUUUCAUGCGGUGGGCCGAAGCUGCCACCACUGUCGAAUUCCUGGCACAACUGGCGAAUCAAUAUCCCCGAGUGCGGCUAUGGUGCAGCAGCCAAUAUCGCUCCAUUCUCAACGAGCAGCUCAAGGCAUAUACUGUGCUUGAUAUCAAGGACGGCGUGACACGAGACGUGUCUUUAUUUCUGUCUCGAGACAAUCCCGAACUCAUGGAUCUCGAAGUCUCGGACUCCGACAAGGACGACGUGCUCAACAGUCUCAAAGCGCGCGCCGAGAGCAACUUUCUGUGGGCGAGCCUGAUGGUCAAGAGCUUGAAGGCAGGACAGGAGACUAGUAGCUUGAGCCACUUGAAACAAUUUGUCGCCGAUGGCCUCGCGGAUAACUUGGACGAGUACUAUCGAAAGAUCUUCAGUCGCUUCGAGAAACAGAACUGGUCUUUGGUCAGCAAAGUGUUUGCUUUGGUCGCCUUCGCGAGAAGACCGCUCCGGAUGCUCGAGCUUCGGGAGGCUGUAGGUCUACUCCAGAGCAAGAACCCCCUGGUACUUGAGCAAGAUAGCCUUCCAUUCACCAAGCACCUGCGCACUUUGCUUUCGCCGCUCAUAGAGAUGCAACCAGCCGGACACGAGGAUGAUCCUGACGACUACACUUGUCGUCUCUUCCAUUCCACACUGCGCGAUUUCUUGCUCCGGAAUCCGACGAUCCUGCAGCCUGUCGCAAACGACGCUAAGGAUUUGGUCAUCGACCAACGCGUUAUCGCAAGGACAUGCUUGAUGUAUCUCUUCCAAACUCGGUAUACUCAUUUGUUGAGAAAGACGGAUGGGCACUGGGUCGAUGCACAGGGCAUUCCUGCACACCAACACCAGUUUCAUCUCUACGCAGCCAAGUACUGGGACAAACACCUCUCGGAAUGCAACAAGACAGAGGACCUGUCCCAUCGCGUGAACAGGUUCAUCACUUCGCCCAACUUUCUCACCUGCAUCCAAGUGCAGAGCCUGUGGAUCGAUGCCCAGUUCGGUGUAUUCUCUUAUACGGCACAGAAAGAUGACAGAGUCUAUCUGCGCCGCAUGUUUCCACGUUGGUUUGUCAAUGACACUGCAGACGGCAAGAAGCUCUGGGAGGACCUCCGAGCGUUCGUGCAUGAGUGGAGGUAUUUCCUUUGCUCCUCACGACUGGAAGAUUCGCAAUCGGAUACACUGCCAUAUGCAGGGGAGCUCGACAGAUGCUGGUGGAAUGUCUUGGGGCCACAGAAUUUUCUGUCCCGAAAUGACUGCAGAUACGACACGUUUUCGUUCCAGUCGGACGACUCCCAGGGGCUCGCUUUCGGCAGUCACUUCUUCGAGGGGCUGAGCUCGGACGGAAACGAAUUGUGCACGCUCCGGCUGGUUUCUCGAAAACAGGCACAAUACAUCUACUAUUGCGAGCAGUGGACGUGCUCACUAGAGGGAACAACCAAAAUUCGCAGUCAAUACAUCUCAACUAACGAAAUUGACACGAAUUCGCGGCUCUACAGCACACGGGAUAGCAACAGUAGCAACGCGAGACCCGGCUCUGCGACUCUUGUAGCCUUCUCUCCAUCCAACGAGUUCCUUCGAAUCGGCUCUCAGAUCUUCAAGCGCGACGAGUUGGGAGACUACGCCCCGCUUGUGGGACUUUCGGCUCAGGCGCUCAAAUACCCAGAGGCUCCGGAGGAGAUGAUCGCGCGGGACAACAUCGUCGUCUUGGCUAGUAGGCGCGUGCCGGUGCAUGUGGAUCUUUACAGCACGGGUCUCUCAGAUGAGAAGGUCGAAACCUUGAAGCCCUUCCUCGACAACGCGGUGAAGGCGGAACGAGAGGAGGAUAGCGACUCUGACGGCGUCGAAUUCGAGUUUUCGAGUUCAGAAGAGGACGAGGACGAAGCGUAUGAGACGUGGUCAGAGGGCUCGACUGAAGAGUCUGAUCGCUUCGCUGACGAUAUCAUUUCGCCAUGGGCCGGCCCACCGAGUGACCUUGAUUCGGAUGAUGAUCAUUCAUCUGCCUCGUCCGACUCCGAGAGCGUUGAUGGCAGUGAGGAGGAGGAUGAGAGCAAGACUACGGAAAGCUCCGACGGAGAGAUCGAUCCGUCAUCAAUAGUCGGAUAUGGCUACCCACACAAUGACGACCGAGACGGCUGGCAGAGCGAAGAUUCAGACAGUGACGAUUCGGGCAGUAACGAUUCUGGGUAUGCGCGGUAUCCUCGACACCGCUUCGGUGCUCCCAAACCCCAUCCGGAUCUCAAAGCCACCCUCGACGUGUACGACUCUCGAUCUUCUACCCGAGUUUUCCACUUCUCUCGACCUAUUCCCUUUCUGUUGUAUGAUUCAGCGCCCGCCAUCCAUCCUUCGAAACCACUGGUUGUGUGGCCUCUCGGCGCCGGGGAUGUUCUAUUCGCCGAUUACGCCGCAAAUACCUUCUUCAUCCGCAAGCUGCGUCCAUCGACCUCCUUCACCCGGCAUGUAUUCAUGAAGGCACACUUUUCACCAUCGGGCGAACAUCUCCACUUCGCGUCGCUCGAAGGACAACGCAAACCCUCGGACUCACACGGAAAGAACAAGAACGAGACUGUGCCCGUGCGACUCGCGCUCCUGCUCUCGACAUAUCGUCUUUCAAAGAGGAAGACAACGACCAGUCCGCCGUCUCUCAUUCAUCGCGCUCGAGUCGAAUUGGGCUCCUGCCUCAGCAUCUCCGUGUCAUUUUUACUGUACACUCUCACCUGGACACCCACCGAGCUCUACUUCACGCAAAGCUCCAAUAAGCUGCGGGUCACGCGGCUCUCGCUGUUUCCGGUUGCAGAACACGUCGCAGCCCCAGUCAUCCGCAGGUGUCCGGUCCUGAUACCCCGAAAACCCAUUUUCCUGCCGGACAGCGCUCAGCGAAGGCGCGUGUCAUUCUUUCCCCCAUCCGACGGCUCCACGACGGCCAAGAUCAUUGUCGGGAGCGAUAGUCGAGGCAGGGCCGCCCAAAUUCUGCAACAACUGCGGCAUCCUACUGCACCCGACGACCAAAUCCCUGGGAAAGGUGACAAGAAAUCGUUGGUCUCACUACACUCCGUCAAGCAUCUGUUCAAGGGAAUCCAGCCGGUGGGCUGUCUGGUCGACGAGGAAGCAGAUCUAGGAGGAUGGAGAACAUGCCAUAACUGUUGCGACCUUCCGGACGACCUGGGGAUCGCGCAUCUAGACGACAGAUUGGAGCGUUUCGACCCGAAUGAUGAUUGCGACUUGGAGCCAUACAUCGAAUGAGCUACGGUUAUAACGACGCAAGUUGUCUUGUAGAACGGGAAAUGACUUUGUGAAUCAAUCAGUUUCGGCAGGUUCCCAAUCCUCGAUCCAGUCUUUGAUAGCGGCAAGACCAGCCUUCUGGACAGCGAGAACACUGGGGUUGGCAGCAGCCUCGGCGGUGGCUUCCAAGUACAAUCAGCACACGAUUCGUGGAGACAGAA